AUGCUGAACAAAAUUAAAGUAAUUGGCAAGGUUUCACCGAUUAAAAUUAGGGAAAAUCUCGAUCAAAAAAAAGAAAAAAUUACAGUCUAUUUUAGUUUGCUUGUUCCGGCACCUAGCCGUUCUUUAACUAUUUUACGUUGCGUUGCUCAAGGAGAAAAAGCCGAAAAACUAGAAAAAGAAAUCAAGGGUGAAGAAAUAAUAGAAAUCAAGGGUUAUCUCCGAAAUGAAAAACAAGGACGGCAGGUAUUAAUAAAAGUCUUAGAUUUUACUAAACUAGACAUAGACUUCGCAAAUAUCGAUAUUAAUCAUUCUAAUCAAGUUCAACUGUUAGGAAAAAUAAUUACUGAUUUAAUCCCGCGUCAAAAUAAUAACGGUAAGGUUCAAGUGGUUUCUUUUAGACUUCUUGUUCAACAGAAAGGAGAUGAACGGUCAAUUUACUUUUGCCGAAUCCACGGAGAAUUAAUCCCCGAAGCCACCAGCCAGUUAAAAAAAGGUGACAUAGUUUUAUUAAAAGGAUUUUUACAAACAGCCAAAAUAACUCCGGGGGAGGAAAAAGAAAAUGGAGAAAAAGAGGAAAUUACCCGAAUUUCUUCGAUUAUUUGCUACGCUUUUGCCUUGCUCUAUAACGAAUCAAUUGAAUUAAACUGGGUUACUAGAAAAGUAGAACAAGUCGAUUUUAAUAAACCCAAAGAAGAUAAUAAUUAA